AAAAUCUAGCCAGACCCAGUGCUCGGCGUUCGUUAGCGUUAUAUCGGCCAUCGAAUUAAAAUAGCAUUAGAAAUUAAUGAAUAAUCAGUAUAACUCGUGAUUAUAGAAAGAGGCACAAGCGGUGAAAAUGCUGAAGGUUUUAGUGGAUACGUUUUGGAGUGAGCAUGUGUGGUUACCGCCGAACGUAACGUGGGAAGACAUCAAGCCUGGGCCAGAUAAGGCAGUGAAUUACAACGACCACACUCACGUUUGGUAUCCUAUACCGUUGGCUUUGGUUUUCAUAGCUCUACGGGUUGCCGUUGAGAGGGCAGUGUUGGCACCCUUCGGCCGGUCGCUGGGCAUCAAGGAUGUCAGGUCGAGGAAAGCUUCGAACAACCCGAAGCUGGAGGCUGCCUACCGGAGAUCAGCCCAGCCAAGCCAGUUCCCGGAGCUGGCCAAACAGACUGAUCUCUCCGAGCGUCAAGUCGAGAGAUGGUUCCGCCGCCGCCGCAACCAGGACAAACCUUCCACCCUGGUGAAGUUCUGCGAGAACUCCUGGAAGGUCAUCUUCUACGUGUCCAGCUUCAGCUUUGGAGCCUACGUACUGUGGGACAAGCCUUGGUUGUGGGACAUCGACCAGUGUUACAUCGGGUACCCGCACCAUGGCGUAACCAACGACGUGUGGUGGUACUACACGAUAUCUUCAGCGUUCUACUGGUCGCUUAUGAUCUCUCAGUUCUGGGACGUGCGCCGCAAGGACUUCUGGCAGAUGUUCGUCCACCACGUGGCCACCAUCGCUCUGCUGUCCUUCAGCUGGGUCUGCAACCUGCACAGGAUCGGGACCUUGGUGCUGUGGUGCCAUGACCUGCCGGAUAUAUUUGUUGAGUCGGUGAAGGCGGCCAAGUACGCGAAAUAUCAGAAGUUGUGCGACGCGCUGUUCCUCGUGCUCAUCGUGUCGUGGCUCGCCACGCGCGUCGGCAUCUUCCCCUUCUACAUCAUCCGCAGCACGUUGAUCCGCGCGCCGCAGCUGGUGCCGAUGUUCCCGGCGUACUACAUCUUCAACACGCUGCUGGUGCUGCUGCAGCUGCUGCACGUGGUGUGGACGUGGCUCAUCCUGCUCAUGGCCUACAACACCAUCAAGGCCGGACAGAUGGAAGGCGACAUUCGUAGCUCGAACUCGGAGCUGAGCUCGUCGCCGCACGACUCGGGCCGCGCCUCACCCACUGGAAACCAUCUCAACCACAACCAUCACAAGAAUAAAUAGACUGAUUUAGAUUGAACUAUACAUUGGGAUAUACAACUAGCAGUCGUCUGCCGGACGGGUACUCCAUAUUCCUACCAUAUUGUUAUAUUUUUCUAUCCCUAUACUGUUUUUAUAAGGGAUUUACAUAGAUUAAUGCAGACUUCAACCGCAAUUUUUAGCCUUGUUACUUGUGUGUUAGGCCCAGAAUAGACGGUGAAACGCAACUGCAACGAAACUGCAACUGCUAGUUACUUAUGAGUUGCAUCUAAGUUUCUGCCAUAGCGUCCGUUGAGAGACCACACAUGACGCGACUAGUUUGAAACUUUCAGUUUCAGUUUCAUUCAUAAGACUCAUCAGAAAGUUGCAGUUUCGUUGCAGUUGCGUUUCACCGUCUGUUCUGGGCCUUAAGGUUGAAAUUUCUACACCAUUUAGUGGCUUCAGUGAUUUGUGUAUACUACACGCCAGGUGGCUCUGAUGUCAUUUCGCAAAUUGAUCGAAUUUUAGUUUCUAUUUUGUAAUUUAUAAAGUUUAGUACCAAAAAUAUCCUUAUACCUUUAAAAAUCUGCGAUUAUCAAAUGGGACAGGCUGAGAAGUUCCUUUUUCAGAAUUCUUCGCACAAGUACGUGUGCUUUGUGUUUAAAUUCUGUAUGCAUUUUCUUAAAGUACUAACUUGUAAGCCUGGAAAAAAAUUACGAAAAUUUCAUAGAUUUUUUUUAUCCACAAUGAGAAAGCUCUUGGCCUGCAUCUCACCUGAUGGAAAGUGACGAUCAGGCCGAAGGUGGAAGCGAGCUUCACCCGAAAUCCUCAACCACAGAGGAACUGGCUAUCUUAACUCUAACUGCCGGAACACAACAAUGCUGUUAACAUUGUUGUUAUGGCGACAGACUUAGGUAAUAUGGUUGUAAAUAAAAAUAAGAGAGGCUACAAGUUCGAUCAAUUUCAAAUGCGUCGGCGCAGCCAACCGGCUUUCAUACGGAAUUGAUCUUUGUUUCAAACAGUUAAAAGUCAACAAUCUAGAUUUACGUUUAAGAAGUUUGCUAGAUCACAUUUGUAGUGUCAAAUAAUUUGCAAUGUAUCAUUGCUUUGGAUAAGAUGAUAAUUUUAUGUUGAUUUAGGAACGAACAGGUUUUAAUAGAGACGGGAAGGUUUUGAAUACCAGCGAAACAAUUUAAAGACUUCUAUGUCCAAUGACCCCAAGCUACCUAUUCUUAUCGCUCGCGCGUAAUUAUAUUGCUGUCGCGACUGUGCGACGGGCGCCCGCAGUGAGUGUGCGAGCGCGAGGAUGGGCAGCUUAGGGUCAUUGGACGAAAUUCUACGUGCUCGGCGACCGGACUUUACAGUUCAGUUUCAGUCAGUGCCUGAGGUAUGGGAGCAAGAGAGGGUGUUUUUGUAACGUCAAACGUCAGGGAAACUUCAGAUCUUCAGAUUUAUAUGCUCUGUCACGUUAUAAUAAUAUGUCAUUGUAAUCCCGUGCCGCUCUCAUACUAAAGGCAUUGAAAGUAGUUGAGAAGUAUCAACAACUUAUUUGAACGAUUAAGAGCAAGCGUAAGAAGCAUAGAAGUCUUUUGAAUAAAAAUAUGCUGCCAGUGAAAUAAAUAAAAAGUGGUCUCCCUGAUUGAAAAUAGGUGAUAAAAAUAAAUUAUAACCCACUGUGUUUCUUAAAUAAAUUAAUUUUAAUCAAGCAACAGCUUCUGUAAUAGAAUUUACAAAAUAAUUUGAAUGUAUUUAUGAGAUAAUGUGUUGUGUAUAAGAUAAUAAUAUUAAUUUAUUUUAUGACACUGGUCACAAUGUUUGUCGUUUACUAACACUUUGGAAUUCCAUAAAAUACCUACAUUAUGUAAUUUCGUAUAGAAAGUCUAUUUUCUACUCUUAUUUUUGAUUUCUUUACAGUUUAAGUUAUUUCGUAAUGCUAUUUACAUUUUCCAUGAAGCAUUUAUUUUUGUCUUUUUAUAUUAUGUACUUUUACGCCGUCUGUGCUUGGUACAAGAGGCUAAUACAAGAAUGAUCUCCAUCAAUAAAUAUUAUGCGUCGGCUUUUUGAAAAAUCGCGUUUUUUAGACAAAAUGUUUCGGGGAGUGUUGCCAUAACGAUUAGAAACACUUACAAAUAAAUUUUUUUUAUUCUAAGGUCGCCAUUACAAAAUAAGUGAUCCUAGAGCCGUAAAAAAGGACAAAAUAUUUAAAAAAAAGUCCUUUCUUUUUUUCACAGACAAAAUGUAAUUCCUACUUAUUGAAAAUUUCCAACUCUAUGGCAUAGUUUAAUCUAUCUACUUAAUUUUAAUGUGUAUUAUUUUUUGAUGGUGAUUAACAAUUAAAUAUAUUAUAAAACUACCUGUGUACCUAAUUGGAGUAAAUUUUAAUGUAAACAACUAUGUAUCGUUAAGUAGCCAAAGAUAAGUCAUAAUAAUAAUAUCUAUUUUUAGACCUCUAUUUAAUCACUACUUCCAUAUAAUUAUUUCAUUUUACUAACAUUAUUGUAAUCUAAAUAAACUUUGUGCAUUUCUUGAGUAUAAAAGAGUCCUAUUUUGGCUUCUUGUAUCAAAUCGCAGAAGCGACUGAGAUCGUAUGAAAUGGGCCGAAAUGUAACUACAUAUAGGAAUAGGCAAUCUUGUAAACAAAUAAAACUAUUAUUACUAAUAGGCUAGUUUCCUAAAAAAAAUUUUUUAAUCCGUCAAUUUUCAUAUAAAAAAAUAUUGGACACGUACAGAUAUUUUGAAUUGUCAAUCAAACAAAUAAUUACAAAGUUAUAGUGCGUUGAAGUUCCGCUCGACGUCACAAAGUGCUGCACUUUUACGCACUCACUGACGUCACGGGCCUUUACUUUAGAACUUUGGCACGAUUUAUCUCUUUACAUUUUCAUUAGUUUUAAAAAGUGAAAAAUACGUGUCGAUUAGUUUUUGAUAAGCUAACUGACGGACUAAUUAAAACUCUUGCUUUUUUACCCAGGAAACAUCCCUAUUACAGGUUAUUCACGAACUCGACACAAGAGACUGGACUCACGUAAAAGUGAUUUUAUUCACGUAAAAAUCUUAAAUGUAUCUAGUGGGGUGAGUUUGAGUUUACACCAAACGCGCUCUCUAGUGAGCUCGUUUAAAAAAUGUAUGAAAAUUUUAGUUUUAGAACGUUUCCCGCUAGGGGCGCUGUACAAACCGUCAUACAUUUAAUGUCAUUUUUUGACGCGCGUUUGAUGUAAACACACUAGGCCCUCAGAUGACGAAAUAAAGCGAUACUAAUUUUGAGUUACAUCAAAUGCACACGUAUGUCAAGUUGGUGAAUAACCCCUAAAUAAAUUACACCAGAUUAAAAGUGGACGCUUCUGUGCUGGUUUUUAGACUGGUCUCUCGCGGUCCAGGAUUUUUGUAUUACAUAACAUCAAAAUUGCUGAAUUCUAUUGAGGCGGACUAGUGUCAACAUGGUUCUGUCUCAUAUUAAAUUGGGAGAAGCCAGAUGGGACCAGAUGAUACCAGAUAUCUGGUGGUAUCACAGUGUUGAUAUGGACUUUAGCAAGGCAUAGUGCACGAGGGACUAGCGGGGGAUCCCCAGCCGAAACCAAAUUAACGAUUUAAUCGUAAUUUUUAAAUUAUUGGUAGCCUAUCGAAUAGCCUGUUUCGUAUAUUCGCAUGUAACACCCUGUAUUGUCUAUACUAUAAUAUGAAUGAUAAUACAUCAAGCUAAAAGUGUCAUUUUUGAAAUUCAUAUUAAUUUAUGAAAAUGUACAUGUACUGUUAUUUACGUAUUGGUUUUCGUUGAGGUUCCCUUUGCGUUGCCUUGCGCAGGGUAAUUUAAUGUGUUUAUUUGUAUAAAAUUGUUACCACGGCGGACAUCUUAGUUGGUUGCCAGUAGUUACGGAUGCGAUGAGAUUAGUAUAGUCCUUCCAUGUUACUGAAAUCUCCAGUUUUAGAAACUACUUAUAUUUUGUAAUUGUUUAUCGUAUUUAUAUGAGAAAUUAUGCAUUUUCUAAACAUUUCUUUUGUAUGCCUUUUAGUAAUGUGGAUUUAACAUCUACCAUACAGGGUGAAGCAAAUAAUGGACGAAGUAAGAGGCAAAAAACUGUACUACUUCCCAGUAUAAGUUAAUAUUUUUUUGCAAUUUUAUCAUAGCGGGUCCAAUAGCUUCUUAUUUUUAAUAAUAAAAGUAUUCUGCCUCACAAUGUAACUUUUAUUAUUUCACCCUAUAUUGGCGUUCCUACAGGACGCUAUUUAAUAAAUAGUGUUAAUAAUAUUGUUAUUUUGUAAGAGAAAGGACUUUUACCUCUUUGAUAUUUGGAACUUAGAUAAUCUAUUAUUUAUUGUAAACCAUAAGUGUGUAUAUUUGGGAAAUAUACUAUAAAAGGCUAAAGUUAAUUUACACUCGUUUCUCGUGUUACACUGGACACUGUAUAACAGUAAAAUUAUUCUUCCUUUCAAAUAUUAGUGUGGCAAAUGUAUGUAGAAUUACUGUUACUAAGAAUUUAGUAGGCAAUUGAUUUUGUUAUUU